AUGAGCGCCUCCGAUGAGGUGUCCAUCUGUGGAGCGGGUUUCGGGGAGGAGGGCGGGGAGCAGGCCGGCGUCCGCCCUGCCAGCCCCGGAGCCCCGCGGGGCCCACCGGGACUAGGUGUGGAUCUGGGGCCGCCACCCAGCGGUGAGGGCGAGGGCGAGGGCGGGGUCCCAGACCCCGAGGGCUUCGAGUUCGAGCGGGAAGUGACGGAAACGGGAGAGCCGGUGUUCUGGGACCUAGUAGGCCGCCCCAGCUCCCCGACCGACCACACGGGGGACGCCCUGGAUUGCGCGUCCCACCUUGCGGACGAGGCCGUGGCGGCCAUCGUGCAGCAGCUGACCAACCAGGAUGGCCUGGGCGUGCGGAGAAACCCGUACCCGGAGGGCUACGUCGUGGAGGCAGGGCCCCCAGGGAGAGGCGCGCUUGCCCUUGGCCGCAGAGAGUCGCAGCCGCCUGCCGCUGCCCUUCUCCGCCUCGGUGGGCCCGAGGGAGGCCCGGCCUGGGCGAACCCGGAAAGAGGCACGAAGAGCAGAUCGAACGUCGCCGCGGUGGAUCGCCAGCGGCCUUCCGCCGAAAGCCCGGGCGAGCUGCUUUCCGACAGCGAGUCAGCAGAUGAGUUUAGUGAGAUACAGCUGAUGAGGGUGAGCAUUUACGCCAAAGGAGGAGGACAACUCAAGCCCAACAGCCCCGAGGAUCCCUGGGACACACCCAGACACUCGAAAUUCGAUGUCAGGGAGAAUUUCCUCCACAUGCUUGGCUCUUUCCUGUCCUCCGCUCCCCGAGGACUCACUUCGGUUGUGGAGAGUCAGGCCGUUGGAGAGCUGGAUAUCUCCUCCUCUAGGAAAAUCCAGAGCGUGGUGAGGGGGAAGGGGGGGAACAGGCCCAGCUACCCAAGAUCUGCUGCUGCGGGCAGCCUGCCCCGGGACACCCCUAAGAAAAAGGUGGCCCAGAAGAAGAAAUCCCCAGGGGGGACCUCAAAUGUUGCCCUGGGGAGAAUGUUCCCUUCCUGGGGGCAGAGAGUCUCCGCGGCACCCCUGGAACCAGCCACUUUCCCCCCAGUAACUGGUGUUCCGCUGCUUGGGAGGUCCAAGAGGUAUUCCUUGGUCCCUCCGGGAACCAAACAGUCCAAGCACACCCCUGCUGGGAAGAAAUCUGUGGCCAGGAGGACUCGGAAGGCGGAGCCAGUGGUGGCAGGAGAAGACAAUGACUCAAACAGAGACGCUGUCCCAAAGCUUUCAGCACACAGGCCAGAGCCGUCUUGUCCGUUCAUGCAUCGUGAGGCAAGCAGUCGUGGUGACCUCAACCCCAGAGCCCCCCAGUUUCGGGGAAGCUCACAGCCCUUGGCUCCGAGCCAGGGAGAUGUCAUGCCCAGAGAGCCCGGACCCUCAGGUGAGUGUUGCAGGUUGCACAGGAGUGCAGGGGAGACGGGAUCAGGAGGGCCGCCUCUGCCUCUGCCUGUGGCUCUGCGGAGGGUGGAGGCACAGCUUUGUUCCCUGCCUCCCCUCUGUCUCCUGCUGCAGAGAGAAGUUGACAACCUGAAAGAGCAACUUGCGGCCCUGCAGUCCCUGACUGACCAGUUCCAGACCCUUUGAAGUGAGUGUUACACACACCAUACCCCUUCCCACGGUCGUGGUUGCUGAGGAGGGCCGUGGGCUGGCCCUGGCCUGAUGCUCUUCUUCCCUGACUCUGCUCUGUUGGACAGGCUGAGUCAGCAUCUCUGUACAAGAGGGGUGGCUGGUACCUUUGGAGGCAGGAAGCUGUGCCCAAGCUGCUUCCCUCCCAUUCGACGUUCGACCUCGGCCUGGGCUUCCUCUCCCUGUUUUUUGCCGCCUCCCCGCCCGAGUUCA